AUCGAUGCCUAACCUAUCGACCAGCAAUUUUAUUUUUCUUCAAUGUAAAACAUCUGAUUUCUAGGUUAUAAUAUUUUUGUUUGAAACAAUCAGUGAUCAGUCAUUCUAAUUUUAAAUGUUAAACAAUUUUUUGAAUCUUUUUAGAUCUAACUCAUCAAUUUUAUUGACUAUUAAAUAUAGAUAAUUCUAUACCUUGACAUGAAUAUACAAAUUAAAAGUUUUUAUUACAAUAUUUUUUCAAUCUUACUGAUGAGCAAUAUUUGAGAGUAGGGUAGGCCUAAUGUUUAGAUAAGCAGUGCUAUAAGUUUCAAAUUACUCCCAAAGUCCCAAAAAUGGAUUUAUGGAGAGAAGUUUUGUGUUUUACCGUUGAUGCUGUACUAUUUUCUUUGAGUUACGGACAAUAUCGGUAUCUAAAUAACACUACAAAUAAAAUAAAAACAGCUCAAUUCAUAGGUAUUAAUCCAGAUCCAAAGAAUCUUCCAGAAAAAGAUAGAAAAUCCGUCCUUGUCCAAGGAACCGUUCAGACCUUGGGCGAAACCCUACCUAGUUUUUCGGCCCCAAACGUCAGAGGAGUUUACCAAAAAGUCACUUUUGUAGAGCAUGCUAUUUCAAAAAAUAGCACAGGUUUCUGGUCUGACAGAAAACACGUUAUCCAAGAAAUUGUAAACGCUGUACCUUUUACAUUGAAAAAAGGCAACUACAUAGUCGAAAUUUUGGACGCGAAAAAUGCCUUUUUUCUAGAUUUAGACGUCGUUGCCACAAAAUAUGAGCCCACCAAUCCCACCCUUCUCGAUGGUCUGGUGGGGUUUUUCAGUGGCAUUAGAAAACGCGGCCUAGAAGUCACUGAAGAAAUGCUCAAAGAAGGCACUGUUUUAACAGAAACAUUCAAAUGGUUAUCACUGCUAUUCGGGACUUUCGGUCUAGUACUAGGCGCACUACUAGUUAGACGAGGCUGGAUAUCCUACAAGAAGAAGCUAGAAUCAGAGGAAAGACGCAGACGUUUGGAGGAGAUGAGGAGGGAAAGACGACGAAUCAACAGGAACCACGAAGAUGUGCCGGACGACCAGCAGUGCGUCGUGUGCAGGGAUAACCGGAAGGAGAUAAUACUCUUGCCUUGUGGACAUUUUUGUCUGUGUGAAGACUGUAGUCGCAUGUGCAACGAUUUGUGUCCCAUGUGUCGAGCUGUCAUUCAGGCAAUGCAGCCUGUUUUCAUGUAAAUAAAUCACUGAACUAAGA